GAGCGAGAGCGGGGGAGCUAUGGCCGAUGGAGCGGCCGGACGGGAUGCCGGUCAUACAGUCGUUAGAAGUGAUGUGCGGGAAGGACCACAUGGAUGUACACUUAACGUUCUCACAUCCCUUCGAGGGGAUCGUUUCGUCUAAGGGUCAGCACGGCGACCCGCGGUGCGUGUACGUGCCGCCUUCCACGGGCCAGACGUACUUCUCGUUUCGGAUCGCGUACGCCAAGUGCGGGACCAAGCCUGACCUCCACGGGCAGUUCUACGAGAACACAGUGGUAGUUCAGUACGACAAAGACCUGCUGGAAGUGUGGGACGAAGCCAAGAGACUGCGCUGCGAAUGGUUCAACGACUAUGAGAAGACCGCCUCGAAGCCGCCCAUGGUGAUAGCUGAUUUGGACGUGGUGCAGUUGGAUUUCAGAGGUGACAACGUGGAUUGUUGGAUGGAGAUCCAAGCGGGCAAAGGGCCGUGGGCUCCACCAGUCUCCGGGAUAGUCCCUCUGGGGUCCACUCUAACCCUCGUCGUGGCCAUCAACGAUUAUCGAGGAGAGUUCGAUAUGCGGGUGAAGUCGUGUGCAGCCUCCGAUGGCUCCGGCCACCUCAUACAGUUAUCGGACGAGUAUGGCUGCGUUCUUCGACCUAAGAUGAUAUCAAGGUUCCUCAAAGCGAAAGCAGCGGACGAGCGAGCCACCGUCAUCACUUACGCCUUCUUCCACGCGUUCAAGUUUCCCGACGCUCUUAGUGUGCACAUCAGAUGCAAAGUGGAAAUAUGCAGACACGGCUGCUUGGACCAUUGCCAGCUGGCAGGAGUUGCCAACCAAAGGCAUGGGGCGCUGGACAGGAAAGAUGACAGGACGCAUCAAGACCACAAUGAGAUCAACGACUCGUCAGCCGAAGACGCCGACUUCAACUUCGCAGAAGAGCCUCAACGACUGCCAUUAGAAGAGGCGUUCGGCGACGAAGUGUCGGGAGACGCGGUGCCGGCGCCCGCGCCGCUUCCACAAAGGGCACCGGCGCCGGUCAUUGAGCCGGAGAGUGAUCAUAUGUCCGCUGUGCAGGAGCUGGUAGAGGCUCUGGCCAGGCCUUUCACUGACCGCCCAUCAGAUCUCACCGACCGCGAGCGUUUCCCGCACGGUCCCCGCAACCUCGGUUCCGACGUUAAAAUCGUUCCCACCGGUGACACAGUAGUCCCGGCCAAACCCCCAGGCCCAGCUGUAGCCGGUCCCAGGUCUUUGAGAAAGAGACGAACGGUCAGGGAGGGCAGGUCAGCAGAUGUGGGCGUGUCCGGGAUAUAUGAAGUCGUGUCGGAGGCGGAUCUGGCGUUUGGGCCGUCGAGGGAACCGGUGACGGUGUUUAGCGGACGGAUUCGGGAAGAAGUGGUAUACGGCAUCUGCAUGGGCGCCGUCAGUUUCGGCGCGCUAUUCGCCUCCGCCGCCGGCGCGGCAGCGGGAGCGGCGCUAGCGGCCGCGGUCUUACUGCAGCGGCUGCGCUCGCGCCUCGCUUGUGCUCCACCCGCUCCACCAGCACCCGCUGCCCAUUCAUUAGCGGCCUGGAUGGCUCUGAGGCUACUAGGAGAGCCGGCGCCACACCCUCAUCAUUCUAGGGAUGGCUGAAGAAAGAGGAGAUCGGUCGAGGUCACGCAUAAAAAAACUUUUUUCCAAUUUGAAAAUUACCCUCAACAUUAUCAUUGUGACAUUUCUAAUAUCAAAUCAGUGACGUGCCGUCAAAAAUUGCAAUUUCAUGUAGUUAGCGUAAGGUCAUUGCGUUAAAACAAUACAAUUAGUGGUUCAGUGCUACAGCGGCUACGCUCGCGCCUCGCUUGUGCGCCACCCGCUCCACCAGCACCAGCCGCCCAUUCAUUAGCGGCCUGGAUGGCUUUGAGGCUACUAGGAGAGCCGGCGCCACACCCUCAUCAUUCUAGGGAUGGUUGAGACAAUAUUUAUUGAUUGAGGUCGUCACGCACACAUUGAAAUGAAAUUAGAUCCUUUUUUGCGAAUUUAAAAAUUACCUUAGGACAUGUCAAAUUAGUAACGUGACGUCACAAUAUUACUAUUCCGUGUAAUAUAAGUCAGCUACAAAUAAGCGUGUGCUAAUUGCGUUAAAACAAUACAAAUAAGCAACGCCGUGCUACUGCAGCGGCUGCGCUCGCGCCUCGCUUGUGCGCCACCCGCUCCACCAGCACCCGCCGCCCAUUCAUUAGCCGCCUGGAUGGCUUUGAGGUUACUAGGGGAGCCGGCGCCACACCCUCAUCAUUCUAGGGAUGGCUGAAGAGGAUUGGAUCGGUCGAGGUCACGCAUUAAAAAACUUUUUUCCAAUUUGAAAAUUACCCUCAACAUUAUCAUUGUGACAUUUCUAAUAUCAAAUCAGCGACGUGACCUCAAAAAUUGCAAUCUAAUGUAGUUAGCGUGAGGUCAUUGCGUUAAAAUAAUACAAUAAGCAGUGCAGUGCUACAGCGGCUACGCUCGCGCCUCGCUUGUGCGCCACCCGCUCCACCAGCACCCGCUGCCCAUUCAUUAGCGGCCUGGAUGGCUUUGAGGCUACUAGGGGAGCCGGCGCCACACCCUCAUCACUCUAGGGAUGGUUGAGAAAGAGAAGAUCGAUCGAGGUCACGCAUAAAAAAACUUUUUUCCAAUUUGAAAAUGACCCUCUGGAUUAUUAUUGUAACAUUUCUAAUGUCAAAUCAGUGACGUGACGUCAAAAAUUGCAAUCUAAUGUAGUUAGCGUGAGGUCAUUGCGUUAAAACAAUACAAUAAGCAACGCCGUGCUACAGCGGCUGCGCUCGCGCCUCACUUGUGCUGCACCCGCUCCACCAGCACCCGCCGCCCAUUCAUUAGCCGCCUGGAUGGCUCUGAGGUUAUUAGGGGAGCCGGCGCCACAUCCUCAUCACUCAAGGGAUGGCUGAAGAGGAUUGGUUCGAUCGAGGUCACGCACACACUAAAAUAUUUUUUGAAAAUUUGAAAAUUACCUUUAAGAUUUAUUAUUGUGACAUUUCUAAUAUCAAAUCGGUGACGUGUCCUCAAAAUUGCAAUCUAAUGUAGUUAGCGUGAGGUCAUUGCGUUAAAAUAAUACAAUAAGCAGUGCAGUGCUACAGCGGCUACGCUCGCGCCUCGCUUGUGCUCCACCCGCUCCACCAGCACCCGCUGCCCAUUCAUUAGCGGCCUGGAUGGCUUUGAGGUUACUAGGGGAGCCGGCGCCACACCCUCAUCACUCUAAGGAUGGCUGAAGAAGAGUGGAUCGGUCGAGGUCACGCAUACACUAAAAUAUUUUUUAAAAAUUUGAAAAUU